AUGCUCAUCGUCGGCCUCACCUUCGGCUGCUCCUGCACGCACAAGAACGCCACCUUGCACAUCAUCUCCGCUGUCUCCAUGAGAUCCAACAGCUUUCCCUGUUCGUACAUGGUCCACGCCAGCAACGGCAGCCACUUUUCAGUCUCCGGCAAGCUGUUGUCUAUGAUCUUCCUCCGGCUAAUGACCUCAAACAGGAGCAUGCCGAAGCUGUACACGUCGCACUUCUCGGAUGCUUUUGCUAUCCAAAGCAAUGAGCGUGGAAUUGCUGCUCGUGACAGUGGUGCUUUUGCAUGGGAGAUUGUUCCGAUUGAAGUUCCUGUUGGGAGAGAAAAACCACCUGUACUUAUUGAGAAAGAUGAAAGCCUGGAUAAGUUUGACCCAGCAAAACUGAAGAAACUUCGCCCAAGUUUCAAGGAGAAUGGUGGUACCGUUACAGCUGGAAUUGCUUCUAGUAUAAGUGAUGGGGCUGUUGCAUUAGUUUUGGUGAGUGGGCAGAAGGCUCAAGAGCUUGGCGUGCAAGACCUUGCAAGGAUCAGAGGAUAUGCAGAUGCAGCUCAAUGUGUAAAUAGGAACUUAGGUAACCCUGCAAAUCCAAGCUUUGACAUUGAUACUUGA